CUCAGUCACUAAAUGUGAUAGGCAUAGUUUGGUUUUAUUUGGGCAGCUGUUUUUGGCAAGGUGGGAGUGUUAAAGUCGUCCAGUGGAGGGCACCAAACGCAUAUUUCAACCCCAGCAUUGUAGUAGAAGAGGCAGAGCAAGGGUAGAGAAAGCAUCAUCCAUCUUGUAGGAAAGUACUAGACGUCUGAGCCCGGUGUGAUCUCCAGACAAGAAAAGAACAAACAUCAGCCAUCAUGGGAGCCGUUCUCGGAUUAUGCUCCAUGGCAAGCUGGAUCCCAUGCCUUUGCGGCAGUGCCCCUUGCCUGCUGUGUCGAUGCUGCCCCAGCGGAAAUAACUCCACAGUGACUCGCCUCAUCUAUGCCUUCUUCCUCCUUCUGGGAGUGGGUGUUGCCUGUAUUAUGUUGAUGCCAGGCAUGGAGGAGCACCUUAAGAAGAUUCCAGGUUUCUGUGAAAAUGGGAUGGGUUCGUCUUUUCCUGGCAUGGAGGGUCACGUGAACUGUGAUGUGCUGGUUGGCUACAAGGCUGUGUACCGUGUUUGCUUUGGAAUGGCCAUGUUCUUCCUGCUCUUCUCUUUGCUCAUGAUCAAAGUCAAAAACAGCCAGGAUCCCCGAGCUGCACUGCACAACGGGUUUUGGUUCUUUAAGUUUGUUGCAGCUGCAGGCAUCACUAUUGGAUCAUUCUUCAUCUCAGAAGGUCCCUUCACUACUGUGUGGUUCUAUGUUGGCAUGGCUGGAGCCUUCUGCUUCAUCCUCAUCCAGCUGGUUUUACUCAUUGAUUUUGCACAUUCCUGGAAUGAAUCUUGGGUGGAGAAGAUGGAGGAGGGCAACUCUCGCUGCUGGUAUGCAGCUCUGCUGUCGGUCACAGCAGUGAACUACUUCUUGUCUCUGGUGUCGCUGGUCAUGUUCUAUGUCUACUACACACACACUGACGGCUGCACUGAGAACAAGGUCUUCAUCAGCAUCAACAUGCUGCUCUGCGUCGCUGCCUCGGUCAUGUCCAUCCUGCCUCAGAUCCAGGACUCCCAGCCCAGGUCUGGCCUGCUGCAGUCCUCCCUGGUUACCCUGUACACCAUGUACCUGACCUGGUCUGCCAUGACCAAUGAGCCUGACAGGAAAUGUAACCCAAGCCUUCUGGGUAUUAUUGGGCUAAACAGUACCAGUGCUACAGGACAGGACCAUUUGGUUCAGUGGUGGGAUGCCCAGGGGAUUGUCGGAUUGAUCCUUUUCCUUAUGUGUGUCCUCUACUCCAGUAUCCGUAAUUCAUCCAAUGCCCAGGUGAACAAGCUGAUUCUGACCACUGACGAGUCAGCUCUGAUCGAGGACGGGCCUCAGACUGACAGUUCUGAGGAGGGCAAUGGUCUCAACAGAGCUGUGGACAAUGAGAAGGAUGGCGUCACCUACUCCUAUUCUUUCUUCCACUUCAUGCUGUUCCUGGCGUCACUCUAUAUCAUGAUGACGCUCACCAAUUGGUACAGCCCUGACUCCAACUAUGAGGCAAUGACCAGCAAGUGGCCAUCAGUGUGGGUGAAGAUCUCCUCCAGCUGGCUCUGCAUCGCCCUCUAUGUGUGGACACUGGCGGCGCCACUCGUCCUGGUCAACAGAGACUUUGACUGAGACGUAUGCUGUUCCACUGCUCAUACACACAUUCAUGCUUUGCUUCACCUGUGUUUUGUUUCAGCAGUCAGUAAAACAGUAGGUAGCUAACUCUGCUCCAGUUACACCUGGAGCUGCACUCAGACUGGCUGGAUUGUUUCAGAUUUACUACAUUUGAUGGCUGUGGUUUAUCUGUACAAACUUUUGCAGCUUCCUCACAGCAGGGGCCAACAAGGAUGAUUAACUGUGUUAUGUCCCAGCUCUGAUUGCAGCCUGGUCUACUCUGGUGUAACGUUGUUGUGAAUCCUCAGCAGCUUGUUGUAGUGGUUCCUCAUGCAGUUGCAGUUGUAAAUAAAUCCUAUGUAUUUCUAGUGGACAAUUUUGUUUUCUUUCUAUAAUGAAAGAACUGCAUGCUUUUCCUUUAACACUUGAUGUGACAUUAGCUGUAUGUGAAGCUUUUCCAGGGAUGAUCAUUAAUCAGUGAGCCCCUUGUGGGAAGCAACAGUUCAUCUCUAGUAUUACAUAUGGAAAUGCUGUUUCAUGUAAAAUAAGGGAGAAAUGUCUUCGAUUGUGCUGCUGUCAGAAGGAUUUGAGUUGUGUAUGAGCGGCACCCCAGCUGUGGCACCAAGAGAGCAACAUCUUAUGUUCCACUAAAUACUACCAUCACCAGGUAUGGGCAGUGCUGUGUAACAGUCUGUGUGUGUGUGUGUGUGGUAUAGUUAUGUGCUAUCAUUUGUGAAAGCUCUGUCAGCUGUGUGUUCACUCUGCAGCUUGCACACUUCUCAGCACACACAUAACAAAGACCUUACUGUUUUUGUUUCUGGUUUGCAUUGAAGUUUGACUUUAAUUGUAAAAAUAUUAAUUGAUUGAAAACAUGUAGAUAAUUAAUUUUGGUAGUGUUUAGCACUGGAAUGUAGACCUGUUGUGGCUAUACAUUGGACUCUUUCAAAUGUUCUUUUAUUCUAAUAUGAUUUUUCUCUUAACAUGUUAGAGUAUUGUAACUAAUAAAACUGAGGACAAGAA